AUGUUAAGUUACAUUAUUGCCUUCAAACUAACAAAUAUGAAAGCAAUGGGGAAUGAAUGGGAUAGACAUGAGCUUAUAAUCGAUUAUACGGAUAAAUUGGAAGGAUGUGAUCAAUCAAAUACAGCCAAUUACUCAGAGACUGAACUGGGAUCUUUUACAGUUUUUCGGAUAAAGCCAGGAAAAUCUCAAUGCUUAAUUGGAAAUGUUUUAAUUGGAUCUGAUUCAGAUAUUGUGGGCAUUUCUGGCUUUCCAGAUGAAAAUAGUAACUUUGUAUACUCAGAUUUGAUUCAAAAUCCUCUUGUUUCAAUGGGAAAAUCAGCAAUACAAUAUUCUAUGAGUAAUCAACCAUUUCCGAUAACAAGAAUCCAGUGCAAAGACAAAACAAAGGCAUGUACAAUUAGAGUAGCAUAUUUCAUAACAUCUUCAUAUGGAAAAUUUAAUGAUCCGGAUGAAGGAGAUAUUGAGUAUUCCAUUAAAGUUGUUAUAGAUACAAAAUCAAAAGGAGAUUACACAUUAAAAUCAUUCGCUUUGAAACCAGCUGGUAGCAAUAUAUCUAAGAGACUUUCCACUUAUGGUCUUUUUAUUUCUAAAUUUGAUAGAACAUUUAGAUACUGGAAAAUGGAUGGUAUGAAGAUAGACGAAGAACCAUCUGAUUUUCUUGAAAAAUAUACAAAUAAAACAAUGUCAAGUUUAGCCUGGUAUUCAAUAUUGGCUUCCGUUGAUGGAGAUGAAGAUCCUGAAACAAUAUAUAAAUUCAGAUUUAGAUAUGAUGAGAUUCCAGAUACAGAAACAUUAGCUCCAUUUUUGUUUAGAGAUGAUCUAAGUCUCACAAUUCCAACCAAGUAUGGUUUAUACACGAUUGAAAAUGCAAGCCAGCCAAAUCCAUUCGAUCCAGAUCCAACACCAACACCAGCUCCUGUUCCAGAACCAACUCAAAAGCCAGAAGUUACAACUCCAAUACCAACAUCAACACCAGAUGGUCAAAAACAAAACAAUUCUAAGACGAUUAUCAUAAUUUUGUCUGUUGCACUUGGAAUUUUUGUACUUACAAGUGUAAUUCUUUGUCUUUGUGUUACUAUUGUUACAAGAGCAAAUAAAGCUGCAUCAGGUACACUCACCGAAGACCUCAUCAAAUCAAUUUAA